CGUGUACGUGAAAAAAGAACAGAAAUUGCCGACAUAAAAUUUUGUGAUUUUUUAAUUAAAUUAGUUUCAAGAAUUUCGUAAUUAAUAAAUUACCGGCUAGAACAGAAAUUUGUUUACUUGUUGACAGCGUAGGCAGUUAGAAUAAAGCCAACACAAACACAAAAAGGCGCUGGAAAAAAAGUGCUCUACGCUUGGCGAGAGUAAGCAAGAAAGAACAAGAGCAAAUGAUUAGAAAACAAGAGAACACGAACACGGCAAUGAAUUAAUUAAAAAGUGAAUAGACUUCACCUGUUUGUGUUAGUGCCUUGCGAGUUUUCCCUUCAAUCGGCGUACUUGUGCAAAUUGACUGGCCGAUCACAGGAGUGGGAGCCAGCCAUGAUGAAUGAAGAAAGAAGUGCCACGACGUCAAGUGGCGGCGGUGGCAUAAGGAUGUUCUUUCAACGAUUGUCCCAGCUCUACCAGUCUACACUUGAUCGUUCGACACCACACACACGUCUGCGAUGGACGUUUGCCGGGUUUCUUGUGCUGCUCUUUGUCCUCCGCAUAUUUAUUUACCAUGGAUGGUACAUCAUUUGCUAUGCGCUGGGUAUCUAUCACCUGAACUUGUUUAUUGCAUUUCUAACGCCAAAAAUAGAUCCGGAGUUUGAUCCGUAUGCGCAAGACGACGAGGAUGAGGGUCCAAACUUACCAACACGGAGCAAUGAAGAGUUCCGGCCAUUCAUACGCCGCCUGCCCGAGUUCAAGUUCUGGCUGUCGGUGACAAAGAGUACAAUGAUUGGUGUGUUCUGCACCUUCUUCGACUUCUUCAAUGUGCCCGUAUUUUGGCCCAUACUGGUGAUGUAUUUUAUUACAUUGUUCUGCAUAACGAUGAAGCGACAAAUUAAGCAUAUGAUUAAGUAUAAGUAUUUGCCCUUCACACGGAAUAAGCCGCGAUAUCAGCGUGUCAACGAUCCGGCGGGCGCAUCGUCUGCAGGCAUCGGCGGUAGUGCGAAGUGACAAUUAGCCGCACAGACGCCGGAAACACAAGCAACAGCAGGAGGAGGAGCAACAACAAGCGACAACGCAGCGACCAAGGAUAUGGGGUCGCCAGUAGUAUCAGGAGUAGCAGUAGGAGCGACGGUGGCAGCGCCGUCCGCAGCGGCGGUUAGCGCUAAACCACCACAAAUCAUAGCAAUUGAGGACUACUAGGAGUUGAAUCAAAAACUAAAAACUAAAGAUAACAUGCCCAACAAGAGAAAUGAAAAAGCA